AGGCUUUAUUCCUAGUAUUAAGACGAUAGGCUGAAGCAUCAGAGCUUCAAGUGGGAAUUCUACAACAAGUGCGGUUCGUGCCACAAGCCUCCCACCAACCCCGUCGGACUCACACCGAAGGGCACCAGAUGAUCCUGAACUCGGUCCCACAGUGGGCGAACCGCGGUCAAUCACCACUGAAACGUGAUGGUCUAUCCCAACCAGUGAAGUAUUACGCUUAACACCGCAGAGACACAUUCGGUCGUUGUUGGUCUCGAAUCCUUCCACUUUACUUGAACUAGGUUCAAAUCCAACUUCUAUCCCUCUAACUGUCUCUUGCUGCUUCUAGGGCCGAGUUGAAGAGGUAUGGCGCUCAUUGGCCAAGUAGGAUGGCCACGGGAUAUAGGACGAUUACCGUAAGAUGGUUACUUGGGAUCGGACGAAUAGCGCAUCAAUCGUGUCUACUCUAAGGUUUCAUUAAACGCUCCGUUCCCUAUAUCAGUGGCCUCCGCAGUAUCGGCCGGAGCCCAAAGUCAAGCUCCCAUUGUGGCCAGAUGACUACUCUGUCUUCUCUCCCAGCCUUCGCAGGUGGAUUCAUUGAAAGUUUCGGAAUAGGAUGCAUAUUGUAUGGAAUCAAUGUCGCGCAGGGCUACAUUUAUCUCCUUUCUUGCGAACGGGAUCCAAUGUGGAUGAAAUGGAUGGCAGGCACACUUAUGAUGCUUGAGACCCUUCAUACUGCCUUUUUCUUGCGUCAGCUGUACGCGUAUUCUAUUCUCUCCAUCGAAAACCCAUCAAAUCUAGCCAAAAUGGAUUGGAGUGUUCCAGUGUCACUAAUUUUGGAGGCUCUCGUUCAGAUGAUCGUAGAAGGCUUCUAUAUCCAUCGGAUGUGGAAAUUCAGCAAUAAUGUUACUCUCGCUGUUGGAUCGAUUGUGCUCCUCUUGGCCCGGCAUGGAGGCUUUCUCUGUAACGUAUCAGUUUAUAUAUGUCCCCCAGCGGUGAAGUGCUUUGGUGGAACCUGGUCAAGUGUCACCGAUCCAGUAAUGAAGGGUGUCUUUUUAACCUCGUUGUGCCUGACAAUCAUCUCGGAUGGUAUGAUGGCGAUGAUUAUGGUAUUUUACCUGAACCGCAGUAAGGGAGGACUUCAGCGAACCAGAAGCAUUGUUGAUUGGCUGGUCAUGUACUACGUUAAUACAGGAGCUGCACUAACACUGCUGGCUGUCUGCAUAUUGAUAAUUCAUCUCGCUCUGCCUAAUAGUCUCCUCUAUGUUGGAUUUAUCCACAUCUUCGCGAAAUUCGCAGCGAAUACCCUGUUCGGAGCACUCAACUCAAGACACAUGCUCCGUGCCAGAAUGGGAGGACCAAUCAUUAUUGGGACGAGCCUAUUCACCACCGAUGCGCCGGCUUACGCGAUGCAGGAGGUGCAAGUCAAUAUCACUCAAGAAACUAAUCCUGCCAUUCGUUCAACGGAACCAGCCGAGAUUGAUAUAGCCUCCAAGGUUACUCUAGACAAUGAGUAGAAUAAGCUACAGUGUUUACG